GUCCCCUGCGGAAUGCCUGAACUUAGUACUUGUUAUCAAGAUUUUUAUGUAAUCACAGGUUAUUCAUUUACUACGCAGCAAAUACCUUGUUGAAGGAUUCAAAGCUAUGAUAUAGCACAGAUUGCUUAAAGAGCACAGGGCUGUUGCUAUUGCUUCAGUGCUGCCCGGAGUAUUCUUCUUGUACAGCUCUCCCACGUUUCAGCAGGAAUGGCCCUGGUACCUCCUUCUCAUGCACAAGUCUCAGUGUCGCUGCUUCUGCUGCUAUCCGUGCUCAGCUUGGCUGCAGGUGGGAAGCUGCUGGUGGUGCCACUAGAUGGGAGUCAUUGGCUCAGCAUGCGGGAAGUGUUGGAUGAGCUCAGGCAGAAAGGACAUGAAAUAGUCGUCGUUGCACCUGAAGUCAGUUUAUAUAUAAAGCCAACGAAGAAUUUUAUUAUGAAAAUGUACCCCGUCCCUUUCACACAGGAAGAGGUGGAUGGCAUGUUCCGGAGGACUGGUCAGGAUGUAUUUGCAGAAGGAUCCUUUCUGGAAAGAUUUAUUAUAACAUAUCAAGGGUUGAAAAAUAGUUCUGCUAUGUUCCUGUCUGUUUGUGAACAAUUACUAUAUAACAAAGAGCUAAUCAGGUAUCUUCAGGAGAGUAAGUUUGAUGCUGUCUUUACAGAUCCACUGCUACCUUGCGGGCAGAUACUGGCUGAGUAUCUUUCAGUUCCAUCUGUGUUUUACUUGCAGCAAAUGCCAUGUGGCUUAGAAUUUGAAGCCACUCAAUGUCCAAAUCCCCCUUCUUAUGUCCCCAGGGUAUUUACAGACAAUACAGAUCACAUGAACUUCCUCCAGCGUGUGGAGAAUGUCAUCUUUGAAAUAUCAAAUUUUUUUCUAUGUGAUGUCGUGUUUCAGCCAUAUGCAAAACUGGCUUCUGAGUUUCUUCAGUAUGAUGUGACUGUGCCAUAUCUCCUAAGCAAGGCUUCCAUUUGGCUCAUUAAAUUAGACUUUGUUUUACACUAUCCAAGACCACUGAUGCCCAACAUGAUUAUGGUUAGUGGAGUGAAUUGUGCCCACAAGAAGCUAACUCAGUUGAAGAACCAAUAUCCUAUGCCAGAUUCUGCUCUUGACUUUAUACAGCACCUGAGGCAAUUCUUGCUUUGA